CAACAGAAAUGACUAACCGAGAAGAAGCUGAGAUACAAAUUUCAGAAUUAGAGUUACUCUCUAGCAUGUUUCCUUAUGAGGAGGAGUUCGUCGUGACUGACCAGCUGGCUGCAGCAGAGCUAAAGCACUAUGUUGAAAAUGAGUCUGCAGAGAUGCCGUCUUCAAAAGUUCAGUUUAUACUGAAUGUAAAGCCAGAGGUCUCUAAUGCCUCUAUGGUGGAAUUCUCUAUGUCCUGUGCUUUACCAUUUAAAUAUCCAGCUGUUCUACCAGAAAUUACUGUGAGGUCGUCAUUAUUAAGCCGCUCUCAGCAGAUUCAGAUGAACUCUGAUCUGAAAACAUAUUUGAUGCAGAACUGCAGUGGUGAGCCCUGCAUGUUGAGUGCAAGGGAGUGGGUUAAAGACCACGCAGCUGCUUACAUUGACAAAGAGCUUUCGUCUUCCUCACUGACAACAUCGAAUGCCAUGCAGUCAGAAGAUGUCACGUUCACUCGAUUGUGGAUCUAUAGUCAUCACAUUUACAACAAGCAAAAAAGAAAGAAUAUUAUUGACUGGGCCAAGGAGCUCGCUCUAUCAGGGUUUUGCAUGCCAGGGAAACCAGGUGUUGUUUGUGUAGAAGGUCUACAAAGUAGUUGUGAAGAGUUCUGGUCAAGAGUAAGAAGAUUAACGUGGAAAAGAAUUCUCAUUCGCCACAGAGAAGAUGUUUCUUUGGAAGGUGGAGGGCAUGCUGAGAUUCAGAAACAAAGGAAGUUCUCUACUUUGGAAGAAAAAUGUUUUGAUGCACGUGGUGCCAGAGGAAAUCAUAUGGAUUUGGGGCAGCUAUAUCGGUUUUUAGAAGAAAAAGGGUUUGCUGACAUUUUUCAGAUGUACUUUGGGGUUGAAGGGCAUUGA